GUUAUAUAUAUGUAAUCUCUAACUUCACUCACCCAUACUUGCACUGCUUCCAUUCCUCCACUCCCCAUGGAAGCUAGUACCGGGCUUUUUGCUGCGACCCAUGACAACAAUGAUCUUGUGGUCAUUCAAGGACACAACGAGCCAAGGCCUGUGAAGAACUUAGAUGGCCAACUAUGUGAAAUAUGCGGUGACUUAGUGGGACUAACUGUGGGCGGAGACUUGUUUGUAGCUUGCGAGGAAUGUGGGUUUCCCGUGUGUAGGCCUUGUUACGAGUACGAAAGAAGGGAAGGGACUCAAGUUUGCCCCCAGUGCCAUACAAGAUACAAGCGUAUCAAAGGAAGCCCAAGAGUAGAGAGAGACGAAGACGAAGACGAUGUGGAUGAUAUAGAACAUGAAUUCAUAAUGUUGGAAGAAAAGGAAGAGUUGCGGCAAAGGAAGAAGAGUAGCGGAUAUGAUAAUGAGAAUGCUAAAUCAGCAUCCUUGGCCAAGGUGAAAGGGGAGCUGCCUGUAUCUACAUACCACGAGCCGGGCUAUGAAAAAUUUGCUGACAAAGAGAGAGCAGAUGACUGGAAGUUAAACCAAGGAAAUCUAUGGCCUGAAACUGAGGCUACAGUUGAUCCCGAAAAGGCUAUUAAAGAUGAAAGUAGACAGCCACUCUCAAGGAAGGUGGCGAUACCAUCCGGAAGACUCAGCCCUUACAGGAUGAUGGUUGCAGCGAGGCUCGUGAUUCUCUUGCUAUUCUUUCAAUACAGAAUCUUCCACCCAGUACCUGAAGCAAUUGGACUCUGGUUCACAUCUGUGGUGUGUGAAAUUUGGCUAGCAUUGUCAUGGCUGGUUGACCAACUUCCUAAAUGGUUUCCCAUUGAUCGCCAGACGUAUAUUGAUCGUCUCUCAAUCAGAUUUGAACCGGAGGACAAGCCGAAUAUGCUUUCUCCAAUAGAUAUAUUUGUCACUACAGUGGAUCCAACGAAGGAACCUCCUCUAGUUACAGCCAAUACUGUUCUUUCAAUCUUGGCGCUAGAUUACCCAGCUGACAAAAUCUCAUGUUACGUUUCUGAUGAUGGAGCUUCCAUGCUCACCUUUGAGGCUCUUCAAGAAACUGCUGAAUUCGCAAGAAAAUGGGUACCGUUCUGCAGAAAAUACUCUGCUGAACCUCGAUCACCAGAGAAGUACUUCUCUGAGAAGAUAGAUUACAUAAAGGAUAAGCUUCAGACAACAUAUGUAAAAGAACGUCGUACUAUGAAGAGAGAAUAUGAAGAAUUUAAGGUGAGGAUUAAUGCACUUGUGGCCAAGUCCAUGAGAGUUCCAGCAGAAGGGUGGACAAUGAAAGAUGAGACACCGUGGCCGGGAAACAACACCAACGAUCAUCCAAGUAUGAUACAAGUCCUUAUUGCUCGAGGCGGAGGCCACCACCCCGACCAACUUCCCUGUCUUGUAUACAUAUCUCGUGAGAAAAGGCCGGCAUUCCAACACCACAACAAAGCUGGUGCCAUAAAUGCCUUGCUUCGAGUAUCAGCAGUGCUAAGCAAUGCUCCCUUCGUGCUGAACUUGGAUUGCAAUCAUUAUGUUAAUAACAGCAAAGUCGUGCGUGAGGCCAUGUGUUUCUUUAUGGACAUCCAACUUGGGAAUGGCAUUGGCUUUGUUCAGUUUCCUUUAAGAUUUGACAGCCUUGACAGGAACGAUCGUUAUGCCAACAAGAACACUGUUUUGUUUGAUAUUAACCUAAGGUGCCUAGAUGGAAUUCAAGGACCUGCUUAUGUUGGUUCAGGAUGCAUCUUCAGCAGGAAAGCUAUAUAUGGUUUGGAACCACCAAAGGUGUCAAAACCGCCGCGAAUUGUUCAAGUGCACUCAAAACAGGAUGAAAAUGAAGAGGAAGAUGCAGGAAUAAUAGAAGAAGACAAGCAGCUACUGAAAUCAGAGAUGAAUUUUGAGAACAGAUUUCAAAAAUCACAUUUUGCUAAUUCUUCAUCAACAGAAGAAGGUGGCGUCGAUGCUUCUUCCGGUCAGGCGGCCCUGCUCAAAGAAGCCAUUCAUGUCAUGAGCUGCAAAUAUGAAGACAGAACUCUGUGGGGAUAUGAGGUUGGCAUGAGCUAUGGAUCUAUAGCUGCAGAUACUCUUACGAGUUUCAAGUUGCAUAGUCGAGGCUGGGAAUCGGUAUAUUGCAUGCCGAAGAGAGCUGCAUUCAGGGGGACAGCUCCUAUCAACCUUACAGAUAGACUUAACCAGGUGCUUAGAUGGGCGGUGGGAUCACUUGAGAUCCUCUUCAGCCGCUAUUGCCCGCUGUGGUACGGCUUCAACGAAGGAAAACUGAAGACGCUUCAAAGGGUUGCCUAUAUUAACAGCACUGUCUACCCCUUCAGCUCCAUACCUCUUUUGAUAUAUUGUCUCAUUCCUGCUAUCUGCUUGCUCACUGAUAAAUUCAUCACACCUUCGGUAGGGACAUUCGCAAGUCUAGUCUUUAUUAGUCUAUUCAUCACAAUCUUUGCAUCGGCCAUCCUCGAAUUGAGAUGGAGUGGUGUUAGCCUUGAGGAAUGGUGGAGGAAUCAGCAAUUCUGGGUCAUCGGAAGUGUGUCUGCACACAUGUUCGCAGUUGUACACAGCCUCAUGAAAGCCCUGCCCCUGGUAAGAAGCAAUAUCAACUUCAUCACCGUAUCGAAGGCGCCAGACGAAGGGCAGUUCCACCAGCUGUACACCAUCAAAUGGACUGCUCUCCUUAUACCUCCAACUACAAUCAUAAUAAUCAACCUCAUUGGCAUUGUAGCUGGUUUCACAGAUGCCAUAAACAGUGGUGGACAUUCUUGGGGAGCACUUCUUGGGAAGCUCUUCUUCUCUUUGUGGGUUAUUGUUCAUUUGUACCCAUUCCUUAAAGGCCUCAUGGGUAGGCAGAACCGAACACCAACGCUUAUAGUCAUAUGGUCGGUGCUUUUGGCUUCUAUCUUCUCCUUGGUUUGGGUAAGGAUUGACCCUUUUGUGUUGAAAACAAAAGGACCAGACGCUAAGCAAUGUGGAAUCAGUUGUUGAAUCCGUUUUCCACAUUCCAUGAAGAGCAUUGAUGCUAUGAAAUGCAUGUGAAUAACGCUAGAGAAAAAUUUUGUGACAUGGAACAUGCAACAUGCAACAUGCCCUCCCCCCCCCCCCCCCCCCCUCUUUUUUUUCCGAACAGCAUUUUUUAUUCAAUGAAACUAAAAUAAAGUCCUGCUGAUUUCUUAAUUUUGUCACAACUAAAAGAAAAUGUAAUAGUUGUGGAACGGAGAAAUUAUAUUUGUACAACUUUUAGUACACCAA